AUGCAUGUCCACCUCGAUCGGACGGUCAGAUCGCUCGCGAUCGAGGAGUCCGAGAUGUCAUCGAACGUCAGAAAUCUCGAGUUCAUCAAACGGAGUUGGAGAGCACUUUUGGGAGCGCUGACACGGCCAGGGGACACGAAGACAAUCUUCGACCACGGUGAAAGCGGGAUGGGCGCCAGGAAGGCAAGCGUCGGUGAGAGCGCGCGCGCGCGCCGACGAAGGGUUACGUCAGCAGGUCUGCCGGACUGGAGACGAAGCUGGUGGCCUUCACUAAGCUGUAUUGUAGCGGAAGGACACGAAGGCCGCUUGGGCCAAGGACCGGCAGCUGGUGGGCGACCAGCGGCACGCCGUAACUCCCUUCAAAGAAGCACAACGUGCUGGUCAGAGAAGCGGGCAGCGGUCGGGGCAGGGCUUGCGCAAAGCCUCUGCGCCGUCUUCCGGUUCAACCCGGAAAUUUUGCAGCGGUCGGAAGAAGACCCGCAAGAAGCGGCCGCCACCGCUGAAUACAGAACAGGGCAGCGGUCGGGGCGCUCGGUGACAAACGCCCCGCCUGGUUGGGAGACGGUCUGCGCGCGGCCACCGCCCGGAGAAGAAGUGGGCAGCGUUUGGGAGAAGGCCCGCGCGUCGCACCACCGCUCGGGACAGACAACCGGGCAGCGGGGGGAGACGGCCCGCGCGCCGCGUCGCGCCACCGCCCGGGGACAGAGUACCGGGCAGCGGUUGGGGGACGGCCGCCGCGCCGCGCCACGUCGCCGCCCUAAAUGUCCAGAGAACCGGGCAGCAGGAAGACAGCCUGCGCUACCGGCUGGGACAGAGAGCCGGGCAGGGGUCGGAAGACGCCCAGCGCCGCGCCGCGCCACCGCUUGGGACAGAAGACCGGGUAGCGGUCGGAAGACGGGCCUGCGCGUGGCGCAGCGCCACUGCCCGGGACUUGAAGAACCGGGCAGAGGUCAAGAGACGGCCUGCGCGAAGCGCUGUACCACCACACGGGACAGAGAACUGGGCAACGGUCGGGAGACAGCCUGCGUGAUGCGCUGUGCCAUUGCCCAGGGGGACAGGGACAGGGAACCGGGCAGUGCUCGGAGACGGGGCUGCGCGCAGCGCCGCGCUGCACCAUUGCCCGGGACAGAGAACCGGGAGGUGGUCAAGAGACGGCCUGCGCGAAGUGUCGCACUACCAAACGGGACACUCAUGAGAGAACCGGGCAGCGGUCGGGAGACGGCCUGCGCGAUACCGCUCGGGACAGGGAACCGGACAGCGGUCGGCAGCUGGACUGCCAGGGCAAAGCGCCGCGCCACGACUUAG